AUGCGACCAGUACUGGUAGCGACUUCUUCUAUUCCUGCUCAUCAUGAUAAACGACGCCCCGGGGUAUACAAGAUGGAAGACAAAGCAAAUGCCCAUACUAUAUCUAUAAAGCAUCAAGUCCACGGAAACAAUAUUCCUCGCUGCGCCCGAGGACACAAAUCAACUUCACGGCUACGCUUCGCUAGACAUACUUCCCAGAAGGUUACUACUGAGCAAAACUUUGACUGCUGCCGUCGGGAAGUCAAUGCCACCGUCUCAACUCUGGGGUCUCGUGUUGGUGCAUUAGAGAACACACUUGCCGCAGUCCUUCCUGCUGUUGUAGAAGCUAGGUUAAUCUGGAUGGAGAACGCAGUCGUUAGUACUCCUACCAAGCUCGGAACUACUAGACGUGCAUUUUGCGAAUACUACAAGAAUUCUAGAUACGAGACCUAUACUCGAUGCAUUCGUGCACGAGCCUACUACUUGGGACUAACAGUGAACGACCUCGAAUAUCUCCAGGAACGGGUUGUACUACUAGGCUCCCAGAGCGUGAAGCAGGAGACAUUAUUAAUUAGCCCAUUUGGAGGCGCAAAUGAAUCUAGUGACAAAACGAUGGUAGAAGCAUAUCAUCGGGACAGUAGACAUGGAGGAUAUGCCCGACACGUUUGGAGAGCUUGUUAUGAGAGGGGAUACUCUUUGGACGAGAGCUGGAUGUUGCCUAUUCCCUCCCCGGAUAGCUCGACAUUCGUAGACAAGAUCAAAGGGUGGCUGCAUGCAUCAUAG